ACAAAUCGGUGGCGAGUCAGAUCGGUGAAAAUUAGUCGUUUAUUAAGCGACUGGAACCUAAAUAUUAGAAUAUUUUCUUCCUGUGCUGCACUGUAAUUCAGUAUCUCGCUCAACAAGAAGCAAACAUAAUUUUAACGCGAGUUUCUAAAGCACGAGAGGAUUUUUCAAAGGUCCGAGGAAACAAGGAAAUGAGUCAUUAGUCGUCUUUGUGAGUUCCUGUGAUACGAGAACGCGCCCGACAUCUUGGAUGGGGCAAGAUUAUACUUGGAAGAGAGACGCGGGCAUGGGAGUGUAGAUAAUGGAUGACCAGCAUCUCAAAGAUUUGAAGCCAGACGAUGUGUCUGAUGCUAUCCGAUGCCUUAUCUGCCUUAACACAUUCAGCGGGCAGCCAGUGGCGAGUCCACAACACUGUGACCACUUCUACUGCCUCACCUGCAUCACUGAAUGGGCCAAGAUGACAAAUUCCUGCCCUGUAGAUCGUCGAAAAUUUACUGUCCUCUACCAGAGAAGUUGCGUUGGAAGGGGUAUUCAAAAAAUAAUUACGGUAGAGCCACAUGACGGUCAGGGAUUAGAGGAGGAAGAAAGAUCUGAGGAGCUGAGUGUGUGUGAGGAGUGUGGCAGGAGUGAUCAGAGACACCUGAUGCUCCUCUGCUCUGCCUGUGACUCAAGGUUCCACACAGCCUGUCUCAAUCCACCUUUGGCUGCAGUACCAUUCGAGGAUUGGUUCUGCAAGGAAUGUGCCACUGAAGACAGUCACACAAGUGACAGUUUCUCCAGAGAAGAGCAUGAAAUAGUGGAGGCUGAAAUCAUGGAUCUGCUAUCUGAAGUUGUUCCAACAUCCAGUCGUCUCAGACCUUCCACUACAGCCCAGCGUGCUGUUUCUGUCCACACCCGCAGGAGUGAGAGGGUUCGACAGCAAAGCAACAGAACACACACCACUCUGUCUCAAACAGUCCAGCAUGUACCCAGAUACCUUUUGAAAUCAAGCUGUUCUAAUAGUGAAGAUGCCACAACAAGCAACCUUCUACUACACACUCAACCAGCAGACAAGAAGGUCACUUAUAAGAAAACAAGAAGACGGAAAACUCUGUGUGAAGGCACCAAACUGUGAUGAUUUUUGAAAAAUCAAUUUGAAAAAAAAAAAAAGACUAAAAUGCUUUGCAUAUGGCCACAAGAUGGCAGCAGUCUACUUGGUAAAGCAGGGGUGUCAAACC